AUGCUGAAAAGCCAACAGCAGAUCAUUGUCGAUUUGCAGCAAAAACUUGCUGAACAGCAGCACAUAUUGGUUAGCCAGCAACGGGAGAUUCUUGAACAGCAAAGAAAAAUGUAUGAGCAAAUGGAUCUGAUCAAAGUCCAAUAUGGCAUGCUUUUUGAUACGGUGAAACAAAUGUCUUUUCAGAGUUUGCAAGAAGAUAUUCAAAAUUAUUUUGAAAGUCAUCUUCAAGGACUUCAGAACCAGGUCAGAAAUCAUCUCCAGAAGUCAUACUCUGUGCAUAAAGUAGAAGUGGAUGCAAAAGUGAUUAAUGUUGGGGAGUCUUUGCUGGACUGUGGCCUUUGUGAAAGUGAUGAAUUUUGCAAUUUCCAAAAGACACCUUCACAAUGUGAAAAAUGCACGUUGUGUCCUGCUGGUUUUUUUCAAAUGGCCGAGUGUUCUGCAAACUCUGAUCGGAUUUGCCAGGACAGAGAUGAAUGCACUGAAUCUCCAAGCAUUUGUGGUGAGAGGAUAAAAUGCCUGAAUACUCCAGGUGGUUUCCGAUGCCUUGGAAUUGCUGAGAAAGAUGCAGCUUUGGGACUGUGUGGAGAGGAGUAUUUCUUUAACAAAGAAAUGCAGGAAUGCCAGGCGUGUUUAAAAUGUGAAGAUGGAAUGGUGGCCGUGCCUUGUUCCACUGUCAGUGAUACGGUUUGUUCAGCAACCGGUGAAAACAAGCUCUCAGAGUCUUGGGCUGCAAACAUCAUUCUACCCUCUGUGAAGUCUGGCAUCUCUCCGGUCUACUCUGGCUUGAACUUGAAGAUAAAGGCGAAGCUUCCCUGUGAAAUCCUAUCCGUUGAAGAUAACAGCCUGGUAUUCAGGCAACAUGGUCUGUUGUGGACUGACCUAAAUUUUGCAGUAAAGCACAACUGCAGGAAUUUUUUGCAACUUUCCUUAAAGCUAAAUGGCAGUGAGGAAGGCUAUGAACUGAGCGGUGUUCGCAUUGAACAGCCAGAAGGAAAGUAUUUCCAGAGCACUAGUUUAAGCAGUGCUGCUGAAGUGGAGCCCAGCCAAACUCUUUCUGUGUAUUUGAGGAGCCCCAAUCAAUUCUGCAAUCAAAGUAGAGACUUAAAUAUUUAUGAUCUUAAUACCCCACUCAGUUUGUUUUGGUUGUCGCACGACACAGGUGCUGUGGCACUCAGUGCACAGAUGUCAACAGCAAUACAUUACCAAACCAACUAUCGACCUACCUUUAAAAUAACGUCUGUUUCUGACCCUUACAUGCUAAGUUUAUCUCAUGAUGGCAGAGCUAUAAAGUUCACUGAAACCGGCGUUGUCAAAUUUGUGUUCCACCAGGCAUUGUAUUCCAUGGGUCAUACAUGUGUCCGGGAGGGCUUCUCCUUAAUUUCUUAUAUCAAUAGGAAUGGUACCAACAGAGAAUUAAUGAAUGUGUUUAAAUCUGGAGUAAAUUACAGAGACACAUCAAUAUCUGCUUCUGGGGCCACCAAAGUUGGUGCUGGAGAUCUGAUUAGCUUUGAGAUACUUUCUCCUGCACAGUGUAAUGUUCGGUAUUUUGGAGAUAGUUCUGGAAUUAGUAUGUUUAGCCUCAUCUGGAUCCCUUCAGCCGUUUCUAGUGCCAUAUCAGCCACAGUUUCUGUUACAGGUCUGCCUACUGGAGCUGUGAGAAACAAAUUACUGGAUUUCACCCAGGUCACAUCCAAUGAGAAACAGAUACAGCUGGUUUCGUCUGGACAGCUUGCUCAUAAGUAUUUCAUUUUUACCGAAAAGGGAAUUGCCAGCCUUGCGUUUAACUUAAAGCUAAUCCACUCAUGCAAUGUGCUCAAGAUGACUCUCAAUCAGUUGACCAUGGAUCACAUGCAACCCACAGCAAUCGCUCAGCAGAUCGGAGGUCAGAUGCCAGAGGGAAGCAUAUGGACCAGUGUGUCCCUCCGUGCAUCUUUUGCAGUACACAACGGAACACUGAUAUCAGUUUCUCUUGACUGUGUGCGUGGAAGGAUCAAUCAGAUCACUCAUGAACACGGAACCAGUAUAUCUAUUUUAUGGAUUUCAUCUUAAUUUAUGUACAGUGAAGGCAGCACAGAACUGGCGUUUAAAUUGCAUUUGGAUUCUACUCUGAUUCUAUACAUAUUUGACACCUUGUACUGUGUUGACAUGAGCAG